AUGCCAUCAUCAGAUCCCCCCUCGCCUGCACGCCCACAACGGCCCACAGCGUCGCGCACGCCGCGGCCCACAACGCCACGCACGCAGACCCCGCCGCGCGGCAGCCCGCUCACGCCGGCGCAGGCGAUCGCGCAGGCGUGGAUGCGCGAGUCGCCGGAGUCGAAGCAGAAGUGGCGGGCGGCGGACGCGCAGGCGCGAGACUCGUACACGAACCCAACGCGAUGGAAUACGGGGAGGCGGCGGUCACCAGAGGGGAAGGCGAAGGGGAAGCUGUGA